AUGCGCAAUUUUAUUCAUUUUCUGAAUUCCAUUAAUGUUUGCUCCCUUUCGGCUGAAGGACUUCCUUUCACUUGGUCAAAUAAGCAUUCUGAUCAGUCUCUGAUUUUUGAGCGUUUGGAUAGAGUGGUGGCUAACCCACAUUGGCUGAAUUUAUUCCCUUUUGCUACUCUAGAAAAUCUCCCUAUUUCUGGAUCCGAUCAUGGACCUAUUGUUUUGACUACUCUUCCUGUUAGGGUUAUUAAGACUAAUAGUCUCAAAUUUGAAGCCAUUUGUCAUUGGAGCAAAGAACAGUUUGGGAACUUUAGGAAUCAGUACUCUACUUUGGAGAAGGAUAUAGCCUUCUAUCAGCUUCAAUUUAUGAACUAUCCCAAUUCUUAUUUUUUAAGGAAUAAAGUUCAGAGUUUGACAAAUGCCCUCUUGGAGGUCCAGCAAAAUGAGGAAUUGUAUUGGGCUCAGAGGGCCAAAGCUAACUGGCUUGCCCUUGGGGAUAAGAAUACAAAAUUUUUCCAUACCACUGCUACUAUUAGAAAAAAGAGAAAUCGUAUUACAGGAAUUAAAAAUGACUUGCAUGUGUGGCUUACUAACCAUGAUGAUAUUAGCUAUGUUUUUGUUCAAAGCUUCAUGAAUAGGUACAAGUCUUCUCGUGGCAAUUCUCUUCCGGAUAAAGACUUUUUGAAUUCAAUUGAUUCUAUUAUCUCGGAUUCAGAUAAUCUUUGUUUGCUUAGACCAGUCUCUGAAGAAGAAAUGCAGCGGGCUGCCUUCUCUAUUGGAGGCUUAAAUGCCCCUGGACCGGAUGGACUUAAUGCCUGCUUCUUUCACAAAAACUGGGAUAUUAUUAUGAAUAAACACUACUAG